GGCAUUGCAGUUUUGUGAGUUGUCUGCUUCUGCUGCCGAGUGUCGUCUACAAAUGUUUUGUGUUUUGAAUAUUUAUAAAUAAUAUCAAAAUGAAUGAUGAAUUGAUAGCUAAAGUAAUUGAACAACUAAAUUUAGAGUUUGGUAGUGAUGUUGAGAAUUUGAGUAAGGCUGAAGAAGUAUACAGUAGACUACAGGAUGACAAAGAAAAAAUAGAAAACACGCUUUCUUCAGUGAGCAGCGAAGUGCCAUCACAAGUUACAGCCGUCAUCAAAGACGUUGAAAAUGUCUGCAAGAAUAUUGAAAACUACAACAAUGAGUAUCAAACUCUUGAAUCCAAUUUCAACAGUACCAAACUUGAAGUUGAAGACAUGGUAGCCAACUUACAGAAAUAUGUUAGCAAGAUAGAUGAGCUUGAACGACUGAAACUCUACUUGAAAAACAUCCAGGCUAUUGAAAUUAUCAAUCAGGAACUAGACGAUUCUCUGAAUGAAGAGGAUGACGAUCAAGCUCUACUGGAAUUUGUACGUCUUUGUAAGCUGUGUUCCCGACUUCACAAAUCAAAAUGCACUCACCUCGUCUCGUUCAUCAGAGAAACCGUACAUUAUUGGCACAAUCGACUCAAGGACAAAUACUCCAAACAAUUCGAAGAAGUUCUGAAGUCGAUCAAUUGGCCAAUGGUGGGAAGCAAUAUUUUGGCACCAGUUAUCACCUCGGCCGAUAAACUUCAACCUAUCGCCAAAUAUCUCCUGAAAAUUGAACUGCCUGACGAACUGCAACAGAAACCAGUGGUGCGGUCAUCGGUGCUGGUGACUUGCGGAGUUCCGCUUCCGCUGCCUAUCACUCUGCUGGUGCGGCCUCUCAGGAAGCGGUUUGUCUACCAUUUCUGCGGCAGCAAACAAACAAACCGGCUCGACAAACCUGAAUGGUUCUUCACACAAGUUCUAACGUGGAUAAGAGAUCACGAGCAAUUUGUAAGCCAAUGGAUACAACCGGUAUUCAAUGAACUUGGAAUGACUGUAGAUGCUAGGGUGGAGUUCAUCAGAGGGCUAGUGCAGCUUACUCUGGAGAAACUAGACUCAGAUCUGCCGUCGCUCCAGUACGAUGAUGCCCUGUUCUCGCACGCUGUCGACGAAACGCUCGGAUUUGACAAAGAGCUCAAGGAGUCGUUCAGUUAUCCCGAGGGUCUGCCUUCUGCCGUCACCAUUCUCACACAAGCGCAGAUAUUCCUACGUUGGACGCAUCUCGAGAAAAAGUUUGCCCGAGAGAAAAUGGACGCUAUGUUGAAUUCGGAGACGGCGUGGCAACCAUUCAGUGGGACGGAGGAGGAUCUCCUCAAAGUGACGGAGAUAGGAGAGGCUUUCUUGACCCUUCUUAGCACAGUCACUGAUCGCUACCAAAACUUACCUCAGCCUGGACAUAGGUUACAAUUCUUGGAUCUACAGCUGGAGCUGAUUGAUGAUCUGCGAGUUAGGCUGAUCCAGCUGCUGCAUUCAGAGCGCAGCAAUCCGUUUGACUCCAAUCUGACCGCCAUCUUGAACACGGCCUUCUACAUUAUGACCGCCCUUGAAGAAUGGGGUACCACUCCUCAUUUCCUGAUGUUGCAACACUACAAAUGUCAGCUGGAAACAGUUGGAAAGACAGACCUGACUAAAGUGCAGGUUGCUGCAAUGCAACAUGGAUCGGUGUUCGAGGGGAGCAUCCAGCUGCUGAAUCGGAUCGUCGAUGACCUUUUGGAUACAGUUUGCGAAGCAGUCAUGCUUGAAACGAAGGCUAGAAGUCGUGGCUACAGGCGAGAUAGAUGGUUUGCAAUGAGCAGUCCCCAUGAUGAAGUCUCGCCCCAAGUCACCCCCUCUGCCUGCCCCAUGUUCCAAGUGCUUGCUUUCAAACUGCAUCAGCUGGAACAGUUACUCUCUCACUCACUCUUCACUGCAGCCUGGAAGAAGAUCGCUACCCAACUGAAUACUUUUAUUUUGGAAGAACUGAUUCUGGAGAACACAUUCAACGAGGGUGGGGCGGCUCAAUUGCAGUUGGAUAUGACUCGUAAUCUAUUUUCCGCUCUUCCGGCAGUACACACAAAAUCCUGAUGUUUACUUCAGUCAAGUAAACGAAGCGUGUACGUUGUUGACAAUGAAGCCAUUGCCAUCUGAAUUUCUGCGCAACAUUAAACCGUCCAAGGUGGAUCUUUUGAAGAUCCAUUUGAAAGCUCUUACCGACCACCAGGCAUGUGAUGUUCUUAGGAGGCGUGUCGAGCUCGCUCUUGACGUCAUUUGAAAUUCACAAUCUCUUGUAUAUUUUUAGAAAUUAAUCAAAUUUUAUAUUUUAAAAUGGUUAUUUAUAUUA